AUGUUACAAAACAAAAAUUCACUCCUUUAUGAAGAGCGAAUCAAUAAUAAAAUACCACUCUUACCUCCAACUGCUUCACCAGUUAUACCAAUAAGAUCGAUUUCAUAUAGUUCUGUUGUAUGGAAUGAUUUCAAUGUAAAAUUACAUAAAACUCGGCAACAACAAAAGGUCGAUUCGGAUUGGGCUGCUGUUUAUAGUAUUUUUAUUCAAUUUAAUUCGCUAUCUGAUUAUGUCGGAGGGUUAUCUUUUGCUUUCGAAGAAGAUAAAGAUCAAGAAAUUACAGAUUUGAUCAGAUUUUCCUUUCCUAUUGAAGGAAUAGAAAGAAGCGAAGUAUCUCGUUGGCGAAAGGUUUAUGACUUAGUUGCUUUUGUUAAGACCGUCACAAAACUAGACCAUUUCCUUGAGGCUAUUAGAAAUUUGAAUAUAACGAUUAAUUUCAUUCAAGAAAUAGAUUCUGAUGAAUUUAAGAAUCUAGUUCGUUUACGGAUCAAUAAUGAAAUCCCACUGUUAAUUCCAGCUACUUCGCCGAAUAUACCAAUAAAAUCGGAAUCAUAUAAUGCUGAGAAAUGGCUUGAAUACAAUAAAAAAUUACAAAAAAACCGGCAACAACAAAAAGUCAAUUUAGAUUGGGCAGCUGUUUAUAGCACAUUUAUUCAAUUUGAUUUAUUAUCUGAUCAUGUCGGAAGUCUAUCUUUUACUUUUGAAGAUGAUAGAAAUAAAAAAAUUAAUAGUUUGAUCAGAAUGUCUUUUCAAAUGGAAGGAGUAAAAACUGAAACUUCUCGUUUAAGAAAGAUUUAUGAUUUAGUUGUUAUAGUAAAAGAAACUAUAAAAAAAAGAAAUAUUUCUCUAGAAACUUUUCUUGAACAUAUUAGAGAUUUAAAUAUAACGAUAAAUUACCUUCAAGAUGUAGAACCUGAUUUAUUUAAGAAAUUGGUAAACUUAAGUAUUAGUAAAAUUAAGGUGAACUAA